UUGAGUGAGUUACAGAUGCCUGUCUUCUCAUUGAUUCCAAAUGUCUCUGCGCCUACAUUCAGCGGCGUCCUGUUGUAACAAGAUUUACGUAAAAACGGCGAGUAACGGUGGCCACACCCUGACUGUGAAAUGUCCCGGAUGAGGUUGAGUCACCCACGCUGACGUCACUCGAGCUCUGAAAAUGGCUGAGUCGGAAGAGGAGGUGGAUGUCUUGGUCCAGAGAGUUGUGAAAGACAUCAAUAACGCCUUUAAAAGAAACCCGAACAUUGAUGAAAUUGGCCUCAUUCCAUGCCCCGAAGCCCGAUACAACAGAAGCCCCAUCGUUCUGGUGGAGAAUAAGCUGGGAGUGGAGAGCUGGUGUGUCAAGUUUCUGCUGCCCUAUGUGCAUAAUAAACUCCUGCUGUAUAGGCAGAGAAAGCAGUGGCUUGAUCGGGAAGCACUGGUAGAUAUAACCUGCACAUUGCUUCUCCUAAACCCAGAUUUCACCACUGCGUGGAAUGUCAGGAAAGAGCUCCUGCAAUGUGGUGUGUUAAACCCAGAGAAGGACCUUUACCUGGGCAAACUUGCACUAUCUAAGCAUCCUAAAAGCCCAGAAACAUGGAUACACAGGCGCUGGGUGUUACAGUGGUUGCAGAAGGAGUGCUCUCCUUCUGGACAAGAACUGAAGGAUCAGGCUGAAUCCAGAGGAGACAUGGUGAGGAGGAGACAGUGUGAGCGGCUGCAAAGAGCAUUGCAGGAGGAGAUGAGGGUCUGUGCAGACGCAGCCUGCCGUUACCCCAGCAACUACAAUGCAUGGUCCCAUCGUAUCUGGGUAUUGCAAAACAUGGCUAAAGGCAAUCUGAAGGUUCUGCACGAUGAGCUGUCCUCCACCCGACUGUGGGUGUCCAUGCACGUGUCAGAUCACAGCGGCUUCCACUACCGUCAACACCUGCUCAAGGCCCUGGCCAGAGAGCUGAGCCAGGUUGGAGAGACGGAGCUCCACCCCACCCAGCAGCCUAAUGGAGAGAGCACAGCGGGCGCGUCUGAUGACAAUCACCAUAAUGACGUCAUCCCUCAGCUCUUCCACGAGGAGAUGGAGCUCUGCACUGAUCUCAUCGAGUCAUAUCCUGGCCACGAGACGCUGUGGUGCCACAGGCGACAUGUGUUCUACCUGUGGCACCAGUGGCGGAGGGAGUACUUCCAAGGAGCAGGGUCACAAUCUCCACCUCUCACCCACACUGACGUCCUCCUCAGCGAGGAGCCCUGUGACGACGCCAGCGCCUCCCAGGCCAUGGACGUUGACUGUGUACUGGAUGGGAGCAAACAUGGAAGCUACACGCAGGACACCAAGCGACUAAAGCGGGGACCCCUGCUUCCCCACCCCGGACUUCCCUCCGAGCACACGUUUGUCUCUAGAAUCCUCACAGGUUGCCGGAGCCCCGAGCAAAGCCGCUUUGCCAUUGCCUACAGGAAGUGGCUGGACUCAGUAAUAGCAGCAAAAUUACCGGAUGUCUGUCACAGAAUUCUGAAAGGUUCCCUUCAAGAAUAAAGCCAGCUUUUCCUCCUCACCAUUCCUCUGUAUAACGCAAUGUUAAGCAACUGCACUGACAGUGUUUGAUCAUUUUUCACUCUAUAAGUACAGGUGUGUGCACAGGUGCUUGUUUUAGAUUAUAAUAAUAUAAGGUUUUAGCAUCCCCCGCACCCGCUGUUAAAUAAACAACUGCUAAUAGAGUCCUGUAUGCAAGAAUAGUCUAAAACUGGAAUGGAUCUGCAACAAAUGCCUUUAUAUUUUGUCAAUCUGAUCUGAAUAGUUAUCUUUUUGCAUGUACAUUUUGUGUGUACUGUUGUAUUGGGAUCAAGGUCACUUUGUCAGUGUAUUUGAUUACAUUUUAUUACAAUUUUUUGAAUUCAUGGGAUUUCAUGACCCGCACAGUGCAUUGCUUUUUGGCUCCCUAGACAAUUAGCUCUUUGUAAUAUUGCUAUAGGUGGUAAAUGUAUUGCCUACUAACUUAAACCCUUAAUGGACAGUCUUAUCAGUUAUAUUGUUGAAAACUUACAAAUUUCAAUAUUUUUGUCUUUAUAUCUGUUCAGGGCUUCCUGUUCACAUUAUUCAUUUCCUAAGUAGUUCACAAAUAGUCCUACAUUACCUUUGCGCUUUUAAAUGUGUACAUUAAUGUGAAUUACACCGAGGAAACACAUAGUAUUUCCAGUUCUGUCAUGUCAGUUUCCAUUUGUUGUAAUGUCAGUUGCUGUUACCAAAAGUUUAACAGCAGUUACACUGUAAAGCCUAAACACAGAUUUUAAGUUACUAGUACAUCUAUGCAGAAGCAUGACAGAGUUCGUUUAGCUUUAGAAAGAACAAAUGUAGCCUAAGAUUUUGUAUUGUCUGAUAAGGUACUGUAGGUUUUUACAGCCACAAUAACCAACAUUUAUAGCAUCUCAUCCAUUAUGUAUUUUAUAUUUAUUUGUAUUAAAAACUGUAUUGACCGUAGUUGUUUUGUCAGUUGCCUACCACAUUAAAUAAAGCUACUCUGAAAAGGUC